ACGUAACAAACUACGCGAGCCUCCCGACGAAGCCAACCAAAAUCCUAUCUGACGUUAGGGACGGUUUAUAGAUCAUAACGUACCCCGUGCAGCUAUAGUUGUUGAUUCCUCGACCCCCAAUCUCCAAGGAAUUGGUCUUGGGCCCGGAGCUGUUGCUGAAGGGAAUUAACCGCUUCUGCAAGGGCCUGCCUUCGAGCAGCAAGCUGGACCUCCCCUUGCAGAAAUGGUUCCAAUUGGGCGUUAAGUUCCGCCCGCUGCCUGGCCAGUGCUUGGUCGCGAGCCGAGUCCAUGGCUCGGGCUUGCUCCAACCGGCUGUCAAGUGUUCCAAGAACUUCUGCGAGGCGCCGCAGUUCUAAUUCGCGACUGUCGGCGGGGGAUUCAGUCAAGCGCCGAAUCCCCUCUUCCACUCGAUCGAGCUCCGCCACAAGGGCGUUAAGCUCGUCCCUUCCGCCAGGCGGCAGAUUCAGGUCAAAAGACGGUUGCUUCGAAGUAAGAUCCUUGCGUUGACCCUCUCCUGAACCUGGGGGGAGGGGUUGAGAGGAAAAGGGGAUCCAAAUUUCCCAUCAAUAAAGUGAGGGCUUUCCUUUUUUUUUUUAGUGCCUUCCCCACCCCUCUUUCCUUACCCUCUCACUCCCCCUUUUUCAAGAAAAAAGCCCCGCUCCCUAAGAAGGGGCCCCUCUCUGAUAAGGAAGGAAACGAAAGAUUCUCCAUUUUAUGACAAAUCCGGUCCGAUGGCUGUUCUCCACCAACCACAAGGAUAUAGGGACUCUAUAUCUCAUCUUCGGUGCCAUUGCUGGAGUGAUGGGCACAUGCUUCUCAGUAUUGAUUCGUAUGGAAUUAGCACGACCCGGCGAUCAAAUUCUUGGUGGGAAUCAUCAACUUUAUAAUGUUUUAAUAACGGCUCACGCUUUUUUAAUGAUCUUUUUUAUGGUUAUGCCGGCGAUGAUAGGUGGAUCUGGUAAUUGGUCUGUUCCGAUUCUGAUAGGUGCACCUGACAUGGCAUUUCCACGAUUAAAUAAUAUUUCAUUCUGGUUGUUGCCACCAAGUCUCUUGCUCCUAUUAAGCUCAGCCUUAGUAGAAGUGGGUAGCGGCACUGGGUGGACGGUCUAUCCGCCCUUAAGUGGUAUUACCAGCCAUUCUGGAGGAGCAGUUGAUUCAGCAAUUUCUAGUCUUCAUCUAUCUGGUGUUUCAUCCAUUUUAGGUUCUAUAAAUUUUAUAACAACUAUCUCCAACAUGCGUGGACCUGGAAUGACUAUGCAUAGAUCACCCCUAUUUGUGUGGUCCGUUCCAGUAACAGCAUUCCCACUCUUAUUAUCACUUCCGGUACUGGCAGGGGCUAUUACAAUGUUAUUAACCGAUCGAAACUUUAAUACAACCUUUUCUGAUCCCGCAGGAGGGGGGGACCCCAUAUUAUACCAGCAUCUCUUUCGGUUCUUCGGUCAUCCAGAGGUGUAUAUUCCCAUUCUGCCUGGAUCCGGUAUCAUAAGUCAUAUCGUUUCGACUUUUUCGGGAAAACCGGUCUUCGGGUAUCUAGGCAUGGUUUAUGCCAUGAUCAGUAUAGGUGUUCUUGGAUUUCUUGUUUGGGCUCAUCAUAUGUUUACUGUGGGCUUAGACGUUGAUACCCGUGCCUACUUCACCGCAGCUACCAUGAUCAUAGCUGUCCCCACAGGAAUCAAAAUCUUUAGUUGGAUCGCUACCAUGUGGGGGGGCUCGAUACAAUACAAAACACCCAUGUUAUUUGCUGUAGGGUUCAUCUUUUUAUUCACCAUAGGAGGACUCACUGGAAUAGUCCCGGCUAAUUCUGGGCUAGACAUUGCUCUACAUGAUACUUAUUAUGUGGUAGCACAUUUCCAUUAUGUACUUUCUAUGGGAGCCGUUUUUGCUUUAUUUGCAGGAUUUCACUAUUGGGUGGGUAAAAUCUUUGGUCGGACAUACCCUGAAACUUUAGGUCAAAUCCAUUUUUGGAUCACUUUUUUCGGGGUGAAUCUGACCCUCUUUCCCAUGCAUUUCUUAGGGCUUUCGGGUAUGCCACGUCGCAUUCCAGAUUAUCCAGAUGCUUACGCUGGAUGGAAUGCCCUUAGUAGUUUUGGCUCUUAUAUAUCCGUAGUUGGGAUUCGUCGUUUCUUCGUGGUCGUAACAAUCACUUCAAGCAGUGGAAAUAACAUAACAAAGGCGAACAUUCCUUGGGCUGUUGAACAAAAUUCAACCACACUGGAAUGGCUGGUACAAAGUCCUCCAGCUUUUCAUACUUUUGGAGAACUUCCAGCUAUCAAGGAGACGAAAAGCUAUGUGAAGUAAAAGAAGAAAAGGUCGCCGACUGCUACUAAGAACCUAACAGAACUUUUCCAAAUUUGGGUUCCAACGAAGAAGAGUUGAGGACCAACUUCGACCUAAUUUUAGAGUUAAGAAAGCAAGCUCAGUUCAGAAUGGCUACUUACCAACAGAGGAUAGCGAGGUACUACAAGGCCGGAGUGCCAUUUUGAAAUUGGAUCGAGCUGAGCCGGAGCAGCUCCUACUGACUAUGACUGGACAGCAGUGGACUCUUUCUCAAGACCCUGCCACCCAUCUUUGAUUUGAGGAAGCAACCAUCACUGAAGCAAUGGAUUUUGUAGCCAGCUCAACUCCAUUUAACAGGUUAGUAGCGAAGGGUAAGGCUUCAUUCCCGAGUGGACGAGAAGAAGGAGCAACCCCUAUUAAGUUAAGGGAAGAGAAGAAAGGCUAUUUUACUAGACUAGCUACCGAGCUGACUCAAGGAAGCCGGAAAGAAAGGGCUUCAAGAGCAACAGAAACUCGAGCUGAGGAAUACGGAAGAGAGGCGGAUUCAACUCAAUCUUAGCCUAAGUUAAGUUCAGAGAAGAGAAUCAAAGGUCAACGGCCAAUGGAGGAUUUCUCCCUCCCCCGGAUUCAUCUUAAACCGACCGAUAUGCCGAGAUGACAUCCAGCACGAGAGCAAGAAAAGGAAAUGGUCUCCGUGCAGCUUCAAGUCACGCCACUCUCACCAAGAUAGAAUCAUGGUCACAUCUUUUGUAUAUCUAAACUUUUUAGAAGCGGAAUGCCAAUCGACACUGUAAUGGUAGCCAUCGGGAUUGAGUUCAGCUGCUUUUGACGAUACUGACGAAUGAGUAAACGGAAGAAUGAAUCAGAUGAGCUCCAGUCUGGACUCUCAUUGGUCAAACAGGCGCAACGAGCCAAGAUAUAAUAAAAGGGCACCGGAAGAGCAAGAAAAAGAGCUGUAUGAUAAUAGUCCUUAUCCUACCCACCCAAUUUAUUUAGUUUAUGGGAGUAGCAAGAACAGCUCAAUUUAAAAGCCGCGUACCAAAGAGCUCGAUCAGCUAUUCCAUUUUGAAGUCCGGUUGACGCCACUCGAUAGGAAGAAAAGAGCAGAAAGGUUUUUCGAAGGCUUCAAGCCCUGUUUCAGCUGAGAGCAUUGAUUCCCCUGGCACCUCUCUUCCACAGCUUGGCACGUUUCAAGAAGGUGCCUACACUAAAGUGUACAAAGUGGCAUAAAGUGAUUCUUUUCGGGUUCGGUCAGGAGGGACAAAAGAUAGAUGCUUUCUAUCAGUCAAAAGCGGAUACCGCCCCCCCCUCAUGCUCCCACGGUCCGCUUACCGAGGAAUAGAAAGGGAGGCUUAAGGUAAGGGGCCAGAGCAAGUUGGGUUGGGGUAUAGAGCCGUAAGCGCGGUGGGGGGGUGACAGAGGACGCGCUCGUACGGUUCAAAGAAGGUUAUGAUCCAUUCGUUGAUUGUUGGGAACUUUAACUCCUCUAUAUUCGAAAUAUGCCUUUCUAGGAGCAUUACGAUCUGCAGCUCAAAUGGUCUCUUAUGAAGUCUCUAUUGGUCUUAUUCUUAUUGUGCGCCUUGUGAGCGCGUUUGGAUCCGCGAAGGCAAUCGCUCGGAUGUUCCCCUAACCCAACCCGGGAACGGACCGGAGGGAACCGCAGCAUGGGGAAUGUCCGCGUCUCGUCGCAAGGCUCAUUUUUCGUUUUUGGUCAUAGGACGGGCGGAUUUAUCUGAUCAAGGGCCGGGGCACAAGGGUCCUGGUACUAUCCAGGUGCGAAGAACCCCGGAGGUGACUGCAAUGAGCAGAAUUCUCACUCACCGGCCUAAACGACGAGCAAACACUCGAACGUGAGA